UCUCACCAGCUGAGCAUUUCUCCUUGCAUCCAACCCUAUAUAAGAAAUCGCGUGGCCAACUCUCUCGCUCUCUCUGAACACUAAUAUUACACAAUCCCUUUCUUUCGAUCUCUAUCUAGAUUUUGAUUUCUCUCUCAAGGUCUCGAUCUAGUUCAAACUUCAAUUGAAGGUACGACCCUAGGGUUUCCACGCUGUUUGGUUGGGUGCUGCAAGGUCAUUAUGUCAGGUGUGGAGGAUAUCAAAGAGCAUGUGGAUGGACGUGUCCCUGAGGAGUCUGAAAAACCCACGCUCUCAUCUCAAGAGGAGGAGGUAGUAAAGAAGAAAUAUGGGGGAAUAGUGCCCAAGAAACCGCCACUUAUUUCGAAGGACCAUGAACGUGCUUACUUUGAUUCUGCUGAUUGGGCUCUGGGAAAGCAAGGUGUUGAGAAGCCCAAAGGACCACUUGAAGCCCUUCGGCCCAAAUUGCAGCCCACACAACAGCAAACAAGAUACCGGAAAUCUCCUUAUGCUCCGUCAGACGGGGAAGAUGGAGCAAGUGCUCCGCCUGAGGAUGGAACUGCCAAUGUAUGAACGAGACCGUUGGUGCUCUUAUAAUCUUGUAAGGACUGCUGAUUGUUAUUCUGAUACCUACAUAGGUAAUGUGUACUUCUAUGUUGUUCUCCAGAAUAAAGUUGGUGAAAUAUUUCGUUGUAAGCCUAUAAAAGGAACAAACAACAAUGAUGCAGUUGAGAUUUAUGGAGCUUUAUUUUCGGCUGUAA